AGACAAUAUAAGAGCCGAGAGCUCCACGACGAUCAACUUUGUUGCGGCGAUAAGGAAAUCCAAAACCAAACCCCAAAUCUCACUCCCAAAGGAAAGGGGUUUUCCUCAGAGCUUUGAGCUCUCGGCAACAGCCCAGAGUCAGAGCUCAGAGCUCAGAGUUUAGAGAGAGAGAGAUUUGAGGGUUUUGGUUCUGAAAUCCCGUUCUUCCAACCAAAUCGGUCGGUGUCUAACUGAGAUACAUCUUUGUCAGGAAUAUUUACAUCCUUGCUAGUGCAUUAAGGGGAAAAGUGCUCUCGGCAUUCAUUAUGGUAAUGGGAAACCUUAAUUCAGGGCUUCUGUGAGAAACUUAGCCAAUGAUGUUGGUUUUUUGGUUAUUCUCCAUCUGAUAUUAGAAUGUGGAAUUUUGCAUCCAAUUGCAUAGCUGGAAGUGUUGGACUGAAAAAUGAUUCUCUAAACCCAACCCAUGCUGCUUCUGAAUGCUCUGAUGAUGAGGCUUCUUCUACUGCUAGCAGAGAGGAAGGUCUAGAGUGCCCAAUAUGUUGGGAAUCCUUUAACAUUGUUGAAAAUGUACCUUAUGUUUUAUGGUGUGGCCAUACCCUUUGUAAAAAUUGCAUCCUGGGACUGCAGUGGGCUGUUGUGAAAUUUCCCACUUUACCAGUUCAGCUUCCGCUCUUUAUAUCCUGCCCAUGGUGCAAUCUCUUAUCCUUCCGUCUGAUUUACAGGGGAAAUCUCAAAUUUCCUCGAAAGAACUACUUCCUACUCUGGAUGGUUGAGAGCAUGAAUGGUGAAAGAGCAAAGUCCAAUUCUUCCUUCUCUAGGGAUCAUCAGUCAGUCUGGCCAGCAAAUGGAAAUUUACCAAUGGGAAGCCAAGUAAACCAUGGUAACCUCAGGAGAGGACAACAUAUUCGUCAUCCAGAGCCAUCAGGAUCUAACCAUAACCAUGGCCAUCGCCAUAAUCACCUCAGUAUGGAGCUGAUACAUUCUUCACUUCGGAAGUCACUGGUUUUCUUUGUUCAUUUGACAGCCAAGUUCCCAUUGGUUGUUAUAUUUCUUCUGAUUGUCUUAUAUGCAAUACCUGCCAGUGCAGCCAUCUUGGCACUGUACAUACUUGUUACUGUUCUGUUUGCCCUCCCAUCAUUUCUCGUACUGUACUUUGCAUAUCCUAGUCUGGAUUGGCUUGUGAGAGAAAUCAUCACUUGAGAUACAUGCUAUUUGUUUCUUAGUUUGCAAAUUGCAAGUGCUUUGAGUUGAAGUUUCCUCCUAUCAAAUGGCACUUGUCUAUGCAAAUAUCAUCAACUUGAUAAUUCGACGACUUUUCACUCUCUAAGGCUGCUCCAAGUUCUUUCCCUUCAAAGCCCCUCAAUCCCAGAUUCAUCCAAGUCUUUCAUUUUCAGAAUCAUUUCAGCUCUUAUAGAAUACGGUUGGUGUGAUGGUUGUUAUAUUGUGUUCUGGAAUUUUAAAGUGUUGGUUGCAUCCAAAUCCGAAUUUCUAAUUGGCAAAGGCAUGGUGCGUUGUGGAUAUUCAGAGCUCCUGUAAGAGUGCAACUGCAGUAUGUAAUUAGUACGGGGGCUAUAUAUGAAAGCUCUGAGUACUUGUUUGUAUGGAAAAAUUCUACAUUAUGGUUAUGCGAUUAAUUACUAGUUGUUUGUCUUAA